AGUUUGAAGCGUUCGGUUUGUUUCAUAUCUCACCGUGCACUAUGUUGAAUUGUAGUACUUAUGCUGCAUCUUACAAGGGACAUGGACUUACGGUUUAUCUGUGUAUUUAUUACACUCACAAAUUUUCUAUUUAGUGAAUCACGCACCGAGAAACCAGCACUUGAAGCAUCGACGCCCGCGGGCCCAAGCGCUUUAGAAAAGAAAGAUUAUAUAAUAGGCACCGUUGUUUUUCUUGUUGUCGGCAUUGUUAUUGUCCUCUUUGCUGUGCUUGUUAAAAACAGCUAUAUACGAAUGAAAAGGAAUGCUAAUAAUCAACACAGCAUACAAGAGCUUGGGCGCACGGAGUUGGGUGAUGUUCAUGUCGAUGACGAAAUAAGCAACAUUGAAGAAUCAGCAUAUUCUGCCUCCAGUCCAAGGUUGACAUUCACGAUAUAAUAAGAAUUGGAGAGAAGGGGCAUGUGUCUAUGAAAGUGUGACAUCGGCACCAAAAUAUUAAUAACAUGCUCUCAUUUAUUUAUAAAGUUGAACGAUCAGGACAUAUCUUUAUUAAUGACAACUGGAAACAAGUAUACAUGUGAUAGUACAAUAGACUGAAAGUAUGUACCUUAUUCGCAGUCGGAAGUCUUAAUCUUCUGAAGAAACCUUUUUAAUGCCGAUUGUUCAGUACACAGUAUGGGUCAUGAAGCUUUCCUCGAUUACAAAUUAUGCAGUCUCAAAACCCCGAAAACACAUAAAGCCGAACAUUUUGUAUGGGUCAUUACAUAACUGUACUGGGUAUGAAGCUUUCUCGUGAAGGGUCAUCAGUUCCUGCCCAAUUUAUGCAGAAAAUAAUCCGGACAUGAUGCACUCUUGUAUAUGUUUUUCUAUAAACGUUUUCUAUUUUAAACAAUACAAUUAUCAACGUACACGAUAUGCUUAUGUUUUGAAUAAGAACAUGAUGAAUGGACAACAGAUGUAUAAAUAAAACAAGUUUAAUCAAUAAGCUUGUCGCUCUGUGUCGUCUCGAUUAUAUUUGGUUAUCGUCAACGUAAGCCGACGACCUACAAAACAUAUCAAUAAACCUCUACUGAUAAGUCCUCGCCCAUAUCCCAGUUUGACAAGGUUUUUUAACUUCCGCUUCAUUUGUUAUCACAUAUUAAACGUAAGUGAACUGUUUAUCAAUCUUCACCAGAGUAUUGAAUAACAAAUGGACUUGCGAGUUCUCUGUGUGUUUGUUGCAGUGGCUUAUGUCAAUGUUAUUGCUCGUAUUAUGUGUAAUUUCCAACCGAGGAGUUGGACGUUGGCAAUGCAACUCUGCCUCAGUCUUAGUGGAACGCCAGUGAGUUUUAGGUCCGUGCCGUCGCUUAUCAGCUGUUUUUUGAAUGGAUCGUUUUGGACUUCCGACUAUGCAACAUGGAUUGCGACUACAGAUUCUCCUGUCGAUUGUGAGUACCGAACGCUGGCCGAAGACAAUCAGUUCAGCGAGUCAACGUUCGGAAAUUGUUCAGAAAUAAGGCAUUACAUUUGUUGCAACAACACCAUGAUAGAAUCGUGUGUAAAGAAUGGCACGUGGAAAGAAGCAUCCAAAUGUAACGAAACCUACCCAACACCGCCAGCACAGCUAACUAUGGGUGAUUACUGGCUUAGACGUGCAUAUCGCUACCAGAUUGACACAUUUACAGUUAGUGUGCAGCGAGUUUUAAUCUUAAGAAGGAAGUUUAAUUACAUAACAAGCUUUAAACACGAAUGUGUGGUGCAUUUGAAGGUGGAAUUCCGAACAGCAUUGACCGAUGUGGGAUGUUGGGCAUUGAUGGAAACCCUCAGUUUGUCAGUAGAGCUAACUGUGCAAAUUCGCAGUAUUCCUUUUGUGAAGUUGAGAAUUACACCGGAAGUGAACUUUCAGUGUGCGGAUCAACUAUUGUAACAAAUCAGUCUUUCACAGAUGCCCAAUCGUAUGCUUCACAAAAGACAGAAACAUUUACAACAACAAUCAUGCAAAUCAACGAAAAAAAAUAAA